AUGAAGUGGAAGGAGGACAUUUGCCUGGAAGAACUUCCUAAGUCUCCGGGCACAGAUAGCACUGCCAUCUCCCUGUCCGACGUCGAGAAGGACAUCCUCGACAAACAGGUGAAUGCGCCCACAUCUGAGCCAGGCUUCUUUGGCAUCUAUCGAUAUGCCAGUCGCUUGGACAUAUUCCUUAUCAUCCUCAGCUCGAUCGCAUCUGUAGCAGGAGGGGCUGCUCUGCCUCUGUUCACCGUCCUCUUCGGCAACCUCACCUCAACCUUCCAAGACAUCGUCGCCGGCACUAUCACCUACGAGCACUUCCAUAAUGAGCUCAAUCGAUAUGUUGUUUACUUUAUCUACCUCGCCGUCGCCGAGUUCCUAACCAUCUACAUUGCGACCGCCGGCUUCAUCUACACCGGUGACCAUGUCGUCCAGCGCAUCCGCGUGGAAUACCUGCGCGCCAUUCUGCGCCAGAACAUUGCUUUCUUCGAUAACCUGGGAGCCGGUGAAAUUACCACCCGCAUCACGGCAGACACAAACCUGAUCCAGGAUGGAAUUUCUGAGAAAGUCGGCCUGGCGCUGACUGGUUUAUCCACCUUUGCUACGGCAUUCAUCAUCGCCUACAUCAAGUUCUGGAAGUUGGCCUUGAUCUGUAGUUCCACCCUUAUUGCCCUGCUGGUUAUCAUGGGCGGAGGAUCCAUGUUUACCAUGGUGUAUAGCAAGAGAUCGCUUGACUGUCAGGGUCGUUGCGGUAGUUUUGCCGAGGAUAUUCUUGACUCCGUGCGGACAGUUGUGGCCUUUGAUGCUCAAAAUGUGCUGGCUGCCAAGUACGAUGCCCAUCUGCUGGAGUCUGAGGGGCCUGCCAGAAAAGCGCAGAUUACCUUUGCCAUUAUGGUGGGUGCUCUGCUCUCUUGCAUCCAUCUAAAUUAUGGGUUAGGCUUCUGGCGUGGGAGUAUCUUCCUCGUGCAUGGAGAUAGUGGUGUCCAGGCAGGUGAUAUUCUCACCAUCCUCAUGUCCAUUAUGCUGGGAUCGUACCAUCUGGGCAACGUUGCCCCGAACACUCAGGCCAUCUCGAAUGGUGUGGCUGCGGCAUCCAAGCUGUACAGUACCAUUGACAGGCCGUCACCCCUGGAUGCGUCGUCAGAUCAGGGUCUGAAGCUCGGCCACAUCAAGGGCAACAUUGUCCUGCAGAACAUCAGACACGUGUAUCCGUCGCGGCCUGAGGUCAUUGUUGCCAAUGAUCUGAGUGUUUACAUCCCAGCUGGGAAAACGACAGCAUUUGUUGGGCCCUCGGGAUCCGGUAAGAGUACAGUCAUCGGUCUGAUCGAGCGGUUCUACAAUCCCGUUGCUGGACGAAUUACCCUCGACGGACAUGACCUGCAGACCUUGAACCUGCGCUGGCUGAGACAACAAGUCUCUCUAGUAUCUCAAGAGCCUCGGCUCUUUUCCGCCAGUAUCUACGAGAACAUCAAGUUCGGGCUGAUCGGGUCCGACUUUGAGAAUGAAACCGAGGCACAGAUUACCAAGCGGAUUCACGAUGCUGCUCGCAUGGCCAAUGCACAUGAUUUUAUCAUGGCACUUCCCAACCGGUACGAUACGAACAUCGGGUCCUUCUCACUGUCUGGUGGCCAGAAGCAGCGUAUCGCUAUCGCACGAGCGAUCGUCAAGGAUCCACGUCUGCUGCUGCUCGACGAAGCGACUUCAGCGCUGGACGCAAAGUCGGAGGAGAUCGUGCAAUCAGCCCUAGACAAGGCCACCAAGGGCCGUACAACCAUUGUCAUUGCCCAUCGCCUCUCCACGAUCAAAGACGCACAUAACAUCGUAGUUCUCGUCAACGGCCACAUCGUCGAGCAAGGACCACAUGGAGAGCUGAUGGACCGGAGAGGCGUCUACUGCGACAUGGUCGAAGCCCAGCAGAUCAAACAGCGGGACAAGAAGCGGCACGAGUCGAUGACAUUCUUCUUUGACGACGACUACGCCACUUAUCCCAUGGAUGAUCAAGACAUCCUAAGCGAUGAUGGCUCAUUAGUCGGGCUCAAGUCCGGCAACAAAAACCAACGACCUCGCAGCCGAAUGUCCAUGUUCAUACCGCCGCUGCCGACAAAAAUCAAACAGACCUUCUCCCUGUGGUCGCUAUUCAAAUUUUUAGCAUCAUUCAACCGCCCUGAAUGGCCGAUCAUGUCCCUAGGUCUCGCUGCCUCCAUCGUCGCGGGAGGCAUUCAGCCCUCUCAAGCCGUGCUCUUCUCCAAAGCCGUCAGCACUCUCAGUCUCCCGCCCUUUGAAUACCAAAAAUUACGCCAUGACGCCAACUUUUGGUCCCUGAUGUUCCUCAUGAUGGGCAUGAUUACCCUCUGCAUCUACAGCCUCCAGGGGACCCUCUUUGCCUACAGCUCUGAGCGCAUGAUUUACCGCGCUCGCAGCCAAGCCUUCCGGGUUAUGCUGAACAAAGACAUUUCCUUCUUCGACCGCGAAGAAAACACCACCGGUGCCCUGACCUCCACACUCGGCGCUGAAACCAAGCAACUAGCCGGAAUCAGCGGCGUCACACUGGGCACCAUCCUCAUCGUCUCUGUCAAUUUGGCCGCCUCCCUGGUUGUGGCCCUAGCAAUGGGUUGGAAACUCGCCUUGGUGUGCAUCUCCGCUGUCCCAGUACUCCUCGCCUGCGGCUUCAUUCGCGUCUGGAUGCUCGACAAAAUCCAGCGUCGCGCUAAAACUGCGUACCAAAAAUCAGCUAGUUCCGCUUGUGAAGCAGCUUCCGCUAUCCGCACGGUCGCUUCUUUGACUAUGGAACCGGAGGUGCUGCAAUCCUACGAAUCGCAGCUCCAUAAACAGCUGCGAAGCGACAUCUUCCCCAUAAUCAAGUCCUCUGCUCUGUAUGCUAGCUCUCAGGCACUACCUUUCCUGUGCAUGGCGCUAGGGUUCUGGUAUGGAGGCUCCCUACUUGGCAAGGGCGAGUACUCCCUGUUCCAGUUCUACGUCUGCUUCAGUGAAGUUAUCUUCGGCGCGCAGGCCGCAGGGACGAUCUUCUCUCACGCCCCGGAUAUGGGCAAGGCCAAAAACGCGGCUGUGGAGUUCAAGAAACUCUUUCGCAAUAACAACCCCACCGCUUCCGCUAUCAAUAGCUACCGACACGGGCCUCCGGUCCACGUUGCUACCAUGCAGGGAGAAGUUGAGUUUCGCGAAGUGUCAUUUCGGUAUCCCACGCGUCUGGAACAACCCGUCCUGCGCCACUUGAAUCUCACCGUCAAGCCAGGGCAAUAUGUCGCUCUGGUGGGGUCGAGUGGUAGUGGCAAAAGUACUAUUGUUGCCUUGUUGGAACGAUUCUAUGAAGCGCAGGUGGGCGAAAUUUACAUUGACGGGCGGAACAUCAACGCGUUGGACAAGAAGUCCUAUCGCAGUCAUUUGGCGUUGGUCAGUCAGGAGCCAUCGCUGUUCCAUGGUACAAUUCGAGAGAAUAUUCUCCUUGGUUGUACAGAUAAGGAACAUGUGUCGGAGGAUAUGGUGGUCAAGGCGUGCAGAGAUGCCAACAUUUAUGAUUUUAUCAUGUCGUUGCCACAAGGCUUCGACACCCUCGUUGGCAACAAGGGAGGCAUGUUGUCAGGUGGGCAGAAACAGCGUAUCGCUAUUGCGAGAGCGUUGAUCCGUAACCCCCGCAUAUUGUUGUUGGAUGAGGCGACUUCCGCGCUGGAUUCCGAGUCGGAGAAGGUGGUGCAGGCUGCGCUGGACGCGGCUGCAAAGGGGAGAACCACUAUUGCGGUGGCGCAUCGUUUGAGUACGAUCCAACGAGCAGACAUGAUAUAUUUCUUGGAGCAGGGAGAGGUAAUUGAGUGUGGGACACAUAAGGAGUUGUUGAGGCGCAGGGGACGGUAUUAUGAGAUGGUCAAUUUGCAGACUUUGAGGUGA